AUGAAAAAAGAUUUUUUACUGUUCAGAAUUAUCGUCGACGUUGUGAUGAACCACAUGGUUGGAGUGGGCCAGAAAUCUGGUGUCAAUGGGCGCUGCUCCAGCGCUGGCAGCACAUUUGACGGGACCGACGGUGUUGAGUCGUUCCCUGAUGUACCCUAUACGAAAUCUGACUUCAACGAUUUCCGAUGUCAUGGCGACAUUCAGGGUAGCGAUUAUCAGAACAGUGCUGAACACGUGAAAAACUGUCGUCUCUCUGGAUUAUUGGACCUAAAUCAAGGCGACGCAACGGUUCGAUCCAAACUGGUUGCCUACCUCGACAAACUGAUUGAUUACGGUGUAGCGGGUUUCCGGUGCGAUGCAUCAAAACACAUGUGGCCAGGUGAUCUAGGAGCGAUUCUGAAUGCUACGAAAAAUUUAAGAGCAGAUAUUUUCGGGGCCAACCAGCGUCCAUUUGUUGUCCACGAAGUCAUCGAUAGAGGUGGUGAAGCUGUAAAAUGCGCUGAUUACCUCGGAAUCGGAAGAUACACAAACUUCAAUUUCGGUGCUGCUGUCUCAUCAGCUGCAAAAGGACAAAGCGAUUGGAAGCUGCUCUCUAAUCUCGGUCCUGGAUAUCAGUACGGAAACAAUGCAGACCACGAUGUGUUGAACUUUAUCGACAACCAUGACAACCAACGGGAUUCAAAUCCAUAUGUGGUCACUUACAAAGACGGGGACAAGUAUCGCUUAGCUGUAGCAUACAUGUUAGCAUGGCCAUAUGGUUAUCCAAGGGUGAUGAGCAGUUACUACUUCACACAACAUGAUCAAGGACCACCAAAUUCGGGAGCCUCAAACGGAUACGCGACAACUUCUCCAACAUUCAACAGUCAGGAUGACACUUGUAACGCAAAUUCUGGAUGGGUAUGUGAACAUCGUUGGCCAACAAUAAGAGAAAUGGCCAAGUUCCGCUCAGCAGUACAAGGAUCAGCAGCAGCCGAGAUAUUCACCGACUAUCAGAGGAUUGCUUUCGCCAGAGAAGGGAAAGGAUUUUUCGCUCUCAAUGGACAAAGUAAGGUAUUCAGCAAAUUCUUCCAAACUACCUUGCCCGCCGGUGAUUAUUGUGAUCAAUAUGCGGGCAGUUUGAAGAAUGGCAAAUGUACGGGCCAAACGGUUACUGUAAAUAGCGACGGUACGACCUACCUACAAAUCGGAAGCAAUCAAGCUGUAGCCAUUUCACUCGCUUCUCGAAUAGGUGGUGCUCCUCCACCGGCCCCCGUGCCAACUGGUUACCAAAAGACUGUGAUACUUCUGAAGAAGGAUACCAAUCUGGGACAAAACCUUUUCAUCCGUGGAGGCAUCAGCCACGCCAACAAAGAUGGAACUUAUGACGGCACUGCACCGUUCGGUACUCCACUGGCAUACUCAACAAAUGACCCCACUGCCGUAGAAUAUCAACCUUAUAAUAAAUAUGGAAGUGGAUAUUGGAUGGCGGAAUUGCUUAUCGAUUGCAAGAAAACUGAUAAUGGCUGGUUCGAACUAAAGGGUUAUUUAUCUCCAUCGGUCGGAUGGGAGCAAGACAUCAGUCAAAAGGCAUGUACCGGUGCUGUAGGUGGAACUGCUCCAUUUUCAUCGAGAAAUCAUAUUGCAAAAUGUGGAGCCGUUAAUGUGUUCACUUGGGGUAGCGGAAGUUGUAUCAUAGAUUCGGUUUAG